GUCAUGGACACUGCCAGUUUGAAUGUCGGAUACAUAUCAUGAGUUUUAAACACGUUUGAGCGGGUUUUUUUUUUUUAUGAGGCAGGAGGGAGACAGUUUUCAAGUCUGCCCUCUGACAUGCGUUUCCACAUCAUUAUCGCAGCUGUCUUCUGGUGUGGUUUCGUAGACUCGCGGAAAAUAAGAGGAAUAUCUUCGUCCUACAAACGUUUCUACAGAGAGAGAAAGUCCUUUCUGUGCAUUGAUGGCUCGAAGAUCAUCCCCUUUGAGCAGGUGAACGAUGACUACUGCGACUGUGAAGAUGGCUCUGAUGAACCAGGAACGUCAGCCUGUCCUCGUGGUCGAUUCUACUGCACAAAUCUGGGUUUCCGCCCACACUACAUCCCAUCAUCGCGAGUCAAUGAUGGCAUCUGUGAUUGCUGCGAUGCUUCAGAUGAAUACAACAGCCACGCUCACUGCCAGAACACUUGCUGGAAUCUGGGACAGAGAGAGAGAGCAUACGUGGAGGGCCAGAUGAGGACCUUGGACGAGGGUUUGCGAGUCAAGCAGCAACUGAUUGAGGAGGGAGUGCUGCUCUGGAGGGAGAAGCAGGCCCAGCUCAGAGAGCUUCAGCAGGUAGCUGAGGACCUACAGAUCAAACUAGAGGAACACAGAAGGAAGAAACACGAGGCGGACCGACUCAAAGAACAAACGUUAAGGGCACUGGAAGCAGGUGACAGCGGUCUCAGACAUCAGAACAGCACAGUAAACAGCAUUUUCCAGUUACUGGACAGCAAUAAAGAUGGCAGUAUAACAGUGGAUGAACUCCAGGCUAAAGUGGCACUCAUCCAUGAUGAGGAGCGGGUUCUCUCUGAGGAUGAAGCCGUGGCUUUGUUGGGAGGAGGCCAUCAGAUUGAUCUCACCAAGUUUCAACACACACUCUGGGACACCCUGACCAAAGGAGACGGUGUCAAGAUCAAAGACACACAUGGUGCACCAGACAGUCUUGUCGGUGAAGAUCCUCAUUUAAUGGCAGCUGACAGAGCUGCAAACUGGGAGGCUACCAAUCUGAAGAAGGUAGAAGAAGCCUAUGAUACAGUCAACAUGGAAAUAAGUGAUCUGCGGAAGAAGUUGGCCAUAGAUUAUGGACCAGAUUGGGAGUUUCUGUUUUUGAACGGCCAGUGUUACAAGCUGAAAGUAUAUGAGUAUACUUAUACCCUGUGCCCAUUCAAUCAAGUCACACAGAAGAACACUGCAGGAACAGAGGUCUCAUUAGGGAAGUGGGGGAUGUGGGUAGGAACGCAGAAGAACCAGUACAGUCAGAUGGUGUAUGAGAAUGGAGAGCCCUGCUGGCAAGGAGGUUCCCGCAGUGCUACAGUCACACUGACAUGCGGAACAGAGACAGCCUUGCGAUCGGUGAAGGAGCCCAGCAAAUGCCAGUACAUCAUGGACUUUCAGACUCCUGUGGCCUGUCAGCCGGUGCUAAAGCAGCGGGGCAUACACAGCGAACUGUGACCCCUUCCCUUACUGGCCUAGCCUAGAUUAACUUAGCCCCCCCUCGAUGGCUAGCCCGCGGUGACAGGCUGGGGUCCUGAGGGUCCCCUCUGACAUCUGUGUUGUCAGAACAUAUAUACUUCCAAGCAAGUCUUGCUAAGGUCAGAAUCUGAGUUUUAGUAACACUGUUCUUAGACCACUUUAGUUUUCAUUGAUUGUUACAGUGCUGCUUUAUUUCUGUUAUGUGAUAGUAUUGGAAUGCAGCAUUUACCGAACACAAGUAUUAGUAACAUUGCAGUAUAUUCCUCAUAAGGGUUUACAUUCAAGGCCCAACAAGAUUACUGUGUAAAUAAUUGAAUAAAUAAAGAGCAACUACAGUAGAUCAGUUGCAGUGUGUAAUGACAUUGCCACUAAUAUAAGUGCUGUGUCAAAUUGCCGCUUAUUCAUAAGCACAAAUGAAAGGACUGCAUCCUUUAACUUCAUUACAGUGGCUACUUUAUUACAGCCUUACAUAAUAACUUUUAAAGGGUAAGUCUGGUGAUAUUCAGCUUUUGUCUUAUUGCCAAUAAAUCCAUGAAAACACUAAGACGCUGCUGUGCAAACACCAGCAUGUAUUUGAAACACAUCAAUGCACCACACAGUUGCAACUGAGUGACAUGUUCCUUAUGAUGAACAUGGGCACUGUAGUCUUCUGCAGCUGAAAGUAGUCUGCAGCAAAAAUUACAGUACCCAGCUGUUUUACACCCUUUUAAAAAUGUUACCUGUGUAAAUGAGCGACCUGUUUUUGGGGACUGUACUCUCUGCUACAGUCAGAAUAAGAAAGUUGCUAAGUGUUGAGUGACAGACUGACUGGUCUUUUUUGAUCAGAUUUGUUGACAAUAGGAAAAAUGUGAAAUGAAGUGAGCCUUUUCCUUUAAGUGCUGUUUGUACUGCAUUAUAUUUACAGCAUUACUAUGUAGAUAAUCAAAGAAAUAAAGUGACAUUGCUAAAAAUCUAA